GGGCGGCGCAGGGCAGGCUGCGCCCUCCGUGGGACUGGGCGUGGGGUGGCACCCAAAUUCCCCAGCGCACCCGCGGCGGGCGGGCGGGCGCGUCGAGGGCUUAAGAGCUCGGGAGCCGCCGGCGCCAGACGCCCCAGCCCGCCGCAGCAUGGCCAGGCCCCCGGGUCUCACGCCGUUCCUGGCGCUCCUGGCGCUGUCCGCCGCGGCCCGUCCGGCGGGCGCGCAGCACAACUGCACUUGCCCCACCAACAAAAUGAGCGUCUGCAGCCUCGACGGCCCGGGCGGCAGCUGCCGGUGCCGCGCUCUGGGCUCGGGCGUGCUGCUUGACUGCUCCAGGCUCACCGCCAAGUGCCUCCUGUUGCAGGCGCGCGCGCGCGCUCCUCCACGGGGCCGCUCGCUGGUGUCGCCCGGGCCGCUGGCGAUAGUCGACAACGACGGUUUAUACGACCCGGAGUGCGACGGCGAGGGUCGCUUCAAGGCGCGCCAGUGCAAUGGGACGUCGGUGUGCUGGUGCGUGAACUCGGUGGGCGUGCGCCGCACUGACAAAGGCGACCUGGGGCUGCAGUGUGCCGGCGUGGUGCGCACGCACCGCAUCCUCAUCCACCUGCGCCACGGCCCGGACGCCGCGCUCAACCACUCCUUCCUGGACGCCGAGCUGCGGCAGCUGUUCCGCCAGCGCUACGGUCUGCGCGCCGCCUUCCUGCACGCCGUGCGCUACGACGCGCCCACGAUCCAGAUCGAGCUGCGCCAGAACGCGUCGCAGAAAGCGCCCGGCGACGUGGACAUCGGCGACGCCGCCUACUACUUCGAGCGCGACGUCAAGGGCGAGUCGCUGUUCCCGGGCCACCGCGGCGCGGGCUUGCCAGUGCGCGGGGGUCCCCUGCCCGUGGAGCACACGCUCAUCUACUACCUGGACGAGGAGCCCCCCGAGUUCACCAUGCGGCGCCUCACGGCCGGCAUCAUCGCCGUCAUCGCGGUGGUUUCGGUGGCCCUGGUCGCCGGCGUGGUUAUCCUGGUGAUCACCAACUGGAAGAGGUCGGGGAAGUACAAGAAGGUGGAGAUCAAGGAGUUAGGGGAGUUGAGAAGGGAGCCAAGCUUGUAGGUACCCGGUGGGACUCGGACGGCUGGGAACCAGACACACAGCGUCCCAGGUCUCAGAGAGCACCCACUUCCUUCUGGGCCGCAGGCAUUGUUUCUGUUCCUAAGCCCCUGCCUCCUCCAGCUCCUCACUCAGUGGGCUUGAUGGAUCUGGGUCUCAGCCACACCGCUUUCUGAGUUGAAUCUUGAGGGACGCACUUCUAAAAGUCCUUUUCUUUGGGUCCAAAGUCAAAAAACAGGACUGAGUUACCCAAGGAUGGCGCAGGAUCAGCUGUAAGCACCAAGUUUCCAGCAACCCAGCGUCCUCCGCAGGUGAUGGGAAUCAGUCUGGGAAGGGUGCUGGCGCUAGGUUGAAUGAUUUGAUCUCUCCUGAAUCCCUGGGAAGAGAGGACUCAUUACUAGAGCCGGUGUAGGAGGCCUAGCCACCAUCGUUUAGGUACCACCGUGUGUCUCAUCCCCAGAAAGAAUCCUGUCUCCCUGCCUGAACGCAUUUUGGGGUUUUUUGAGGCCUCACUGCCUGGCAGUCUCCUCCUCAGCGCACCCUGAUUAUGGCUGAUAAUAGUAGAGUUUUCUUUUGUAAAAUGUUUGUACAUAUGUCCACUUUGAUAAUGCUGCUGUGAUUUUUUUAAAGACACGAAUUUAAUAAAACAUGGGAAAGGCACAAA